AUGGAGACCUUGUUUCGCCUAGUCGAUAGCCGGCAAGACUCAAUCUCACCUCGUUGCGUUUGGGUUAACGGUCCUAUCAUUGUAGGAGCAGGACCAUCAGGUUUAGCCACAGCAGCAUGCCUCAACCAACAAGGAGUUCCCUUCAUGAUACUCGAAAGGUCAAACUGCAUAGCUUCACUCUGGCAAAACCGAACCUACGACAGACUCAAACUUCACCUCCCAAAACAGUUCUGUCAACUACCUAACUUUCCAUUCCCACAAGACUUCCCUGAAUAUCCAUCAAAGAAACAGUUCAUAAACUACCUUGAAUCAUACGCGAAACACUUCGAAAUCAACCCGCAGUUUAACGAGUGUGUUUUGUCUGCUAAAUACGACGAGAAUACUGGAUUAUGGAGAGUUAAAACUAAAACUGAAACUGAAAAUGAAACUGUUUCCAAUCAAAAUGAAGUUGAGUAUAUUUGUAGGUGGCUUGUUGUUGCUACUGGCGAAAAUGCAGAGUGUGUUGUGCCUGAUAUCGAAGGGUUGAGUGACUUCAACGGCCAAGUUAUUCAUGCUUGUGAUUAUAAAUCCGGCGAAGGUUUUCGAGGGAAGAAAGUUUUAGUUAUUGGUUGUGGUAAUUCCGGAAUGGAACUCGCUCUUGAUCUUUGCAAUCAUAAUGCAUCACCCUCUGUUGUUCUUCGCAGUUCGGUUCAUGUGUUACCUAGAGAAAUGCUGGGGAGAUCGACAUUUGAAUUGGCGGUUAUGAUGAUGAAAUGGUUACCAGUUUGGUUAGUUGACAAGAUUCUGUUGAUGUUGGCUUGGUUGGUUUUUGGUAAUAUUGAGAAGUAUGGGAUUAAGAGGCCAUUGGAGGGUCCUUUGGAGCUGAAGAACAGAAAGGGGAAAACACCUGUCUUGGAUAUUGGUACCUUGGAGAAAAUUAGAUCUGGGGAUAUAAAAGUUGUUCCUGGAAUUAAGAGGUUUUUUGAUGGUUUUGUUGAGCUUGUUAAUGGUGAAAAGAAUGAAGUUGAUGCUGUUGUUCUUGCUACUGGUUAUAGGAGCAAUGUUCCUUUUUGGCUUAAGGAAGGUGAGUUUUUCUCAAAGAAUGGAUUUCCAAAGUCACCAUUUCCAAAUGGUUGGAAAGGAAAUGUUGGACUAUAUGCUGUUGGGUUUACAAAGAGAGGGCUCUCUGGUUUAUCAUAUGAUGCUAUGAAAAUUGCACAAGAUAUUGGUCAAGUUUGGAAACAAGAAACUAAGCAAAAGAAACAACGAAAUAUGCUUGUCAUAGGCGUUGCAUUUCACAAUUCUAACUACAAAUGUUGCUAG